UUAGCACUCGUCGGCCGAGGAAGAAAGUCCGGUACUGACUUUCCUAAGCCAGACGCAUGCUUCCGGAGCUUCUCGCCUUCUCCGGGCAGCAAUGUGCUGAAAAUCCACCACGUUACGCUACCCAGAAGGCCGGAAACUAUGGGAAUAUGCAUCGAUUCCUUGAGACGUUCGCUAAUCGCGAUUCCUCUGCUCGUUCUCGCGUCGUCGUUCCACUCCGCCUCGGCCGGUCUCUGCGAUGUCAGUUAUUUCGACGGCCGCCAGAUUUUCAACUUCAGCUUCACUGCUCCUAUCGCGGGAUUCCCCCACGGCAUCCUCAGCGAAGAUGGGUUCUAUAAGGUCGCGGAGAAUGAGAGUGUGCUCUGGUUUCAGCUCUGUGCUGGAAUGAUUUUUAAUCACAACCCACCUAGAUGUGUUGGCUGUCAGGAUUGUGGUGGGCCAUCUCACUGUGGCAGUGGAUGUAGUGCACUUGUUGCUAAUAAUAUUGGCGGCUAUGAAGUAUGCAGCACUAUUGGCGGCGUUUCUAACACUUCUUCUGACAUCAUGGAUAAACAAAAUCCUCAGAAGGGUGUCAUUGUUAAGAUCUCAAGUCUUGAUACUAAGGAAAACUGCUCACUCUCUGUCUCUGUCAUCUGUAACUCGUCUGGACUCACAGUAAGGAAAGGGGUCUUAUUCAUCUGUGUCAUUGGACAGGCUGCAGUUCUACAGCAUCCAUCUGGGUGUGCUACAGUUAUAUCUGUUCGUGGGAAAGGAUUGGGCUGGUUUGCUACCUUGAUAAUAAUUGUCUUGUGUGUUUUUGGAGCCUACAUGUUAGCUGGUGCAGUUUAUCGGCAUUUCUUCCUUGGGAUUCGUGGAUUAGAUGUGGUGCCAAACUUGGACUUUUGGGUCAGAUUACCUCAGAGAACACAGGGCUUCUUCGCUUCUUUGGUUCGAAGAUUCAGAGGACCAACAGAGAGCUAUCGCGAUUCCUAUUCUCCUGUCAACUUUUAGCACCAUCCGGGAUUCAGCUUUAACCGGCAGUUUUCAAGUACAUCCCAAUACUCUCUUCACAAUUUCGAUCUUAGGUAGUUUCUUUUCACUAGAAGGAUAGCAAGCAGCUGGCCGGUAGGGUUUAGAUUUAUGGUUCCCUUGAACAAGUAGACUAUGGAAACCCUCUCUGCUUUUGGGACAUCUAAUACAUACCAUGUACCCAUCUCAUGUUAGCACAUAGUUCAUUUCAUUCCCAAUUCGACUAUCGUGCAUACAGGGCUGGGUGCAUGCCCGUGCUUGCACCGUCCCAAUUGCCCACCCCGCACGCAUUUUCAGCCGUUAGAUGAAAGCGUAGGCUUUAUACACAAAAAUGUCAAUGUGUUGAUCCAACGACUUCAAAUGCACAGAAGAGCGACCGAACGGUGUAAGCAAAGGGCAUAUUGCCCACUCCAUAAACAUUCUGUCCAAAUUAGUUCACCAGAAAAUCUAGAUAUGAAGUCAA